GUGAUCGUUUUCAGUGCAUCUUCCCAUCUGUCUUGUUUUGUGUCAACACAAAACAAGUGAAACUGGAACAAGAAGUCCUUACUGUAAAUCAAUGAAAGCCAGCAGAUAGACCUUUCUGGAAAGGAAGAAUUUAAAGACUUCAGAAACGUGGCAUUGGUUCCCAUGGAAACAUCAUCAUCAGAUGAUAGCUGUGAUAGUUUUGCUUCAGACAAUUUUACGAACAGUAAAGCUAAAUUCAGAGCAGAGAUUCUGACUGACGAAUUGGCUCAGAUUUUUAAUGAGGAUUCUGACAACGAAUCAUUUGAUGGUUUUUCUGAAAGUGACCUCAAAGAUGUUAUGGAAGCAAUGAGUGUUGAAUCAUCUGAAUCAGAAGAAGAAAUAACUUAUGAAGGUGAUGUAAAAUCUGCAAAGAAUGCCAAAACACGGAGCAAACAAUCUUUCCCAAUACGUGUGGCAUUCAGAUUUCCAUCUCAGAAAAACAAAAUUCUGCCAAUACCAGACUCUUGUGCUGCUUUAAAUAGGGAUUCAGCUUCUGAAUCUGAUUCUGAUGUGGAUGAACCCAGAGGAACAAGCUUUCUUGAGAAGAGAGCUCUAAAUAUUAAGGAAAACAAAGCUGUGCUGGCCAAAUUGAUAGCAGAGCUGAAGACUGUUCCAGGACUUCUGCCACGCAGAGUUUCAGUUCAAGGAACACCAUCAAAACCAAAACGUCCACCGAGAAAUGCAUUCUCAGAAAAUGCUUCUAGACGAAAUCCUGAACGGUGUGCUAGGCCUCACACUCGAUCGAGAUCUUUGAUUGAUGGCCCUCCUUCUCCAUCAUUUGGGCAAGAAGAUAAUGUCAGCUUUAUGAGGAAAAGAAAGUUUCUGGAUAAUGACUUCUCUGAGGAUGAAGUGCCUCUUCGCAGAAGAAGUCGACCGAGCAUUCUUACCAUUCCACAUGUGGUUCGAUCAGUUGAGGACAUAACGCAAGAGGAGUUGGAAAAUAUUUCCUUCUCGGCUAAAGACAAAAUUUAUAGUCGAACCACAGGUUCCACUUGCCACCAAUGCCGGCAGAAGACUAUUGAUACAAAAACCAAUUGUCGAAAUCCAGAAUGCGUAGGAGUCCGUGGACAGUUCUGUGGACCAUGUCUUCGCAAUCGCUAUGGUGAAUUUGUUAGGACUGCUUUAUUGGAUGCUAACUGGCAUUGUCCACCUUGUAGAGGAAUCUGCAAUUGUAGCUUCUGUCGACAACGUGAAGGUCGCCGUGCUACAGGUGUUCUUGUUUACCUGGCCAAAUAUCAUGGCUAUGACAAUGUUCAUGCUUACUUGAAUAGCCUGAAAAAAGAACUUCAAAUGGAAGAUUAACAAGCUACAGUGAACCAGUUUCUUGGAAGCAAAUCAAAUCCUUUGAUAAAUUUUACGUAGCUUUCAAAAUCCAUAUCUGUUUUAACAAUUUUUGCUAAAUACCUGGGCUAGAUUUACAAAAAUAUGCUUUAACAUAGAUCUUCAUUUACAAUAUUUUGGAUAAUGAACAUAACUUGCAUUAUUGUUAUGGGAGGAGAGGUGGUACUAAUAUUUUUUGCACAUGCUCUCAGAUUUGCAAAUGUGAUUGUUCAAUUAGUCUGACACAACAAGCUAGAAUUAUUAUAGAAUAUUGGCAGCCAAAAAACUUGCACAGUAGCAUGCUUCUUACGACAGCACAUAAAUCCGUUGUCAUUUAUUCUACUUUGAUAGAAAAGGGCUAUAAUAUUGUCCAAUUUUUUUAUAUCCAGCUGCUCAGUUGUAAGUAAGUGUCAAAUCAUUCUUGUAUUUAAAUCAAGCCAAUUCCUCAACAAAAUCUUAAACUCGUUUGGUUCAGGAAAUAUGCCAGAGAUUGACUGACUGACUUUCCCUAAAUUCUGCAGUUGGAUUUUUAAAUCUCAUUUCAAGGUUACCACAUUAACUAUACCUAGCUAGCAUCAUAUGUACCAGUAAAUUUUGCUACUUUUUUUAAGCUUUGCAUUGGUGUAGCUUCUAUCAGGAUUUAUACAGCCACAGAACUUUUUCUACAUGGAAUUGAUGUGAUUAUUUAGCCAUUUCUGCACCGCACUUGGUGCAAGCACUUAACCAUACUAAUGCCCUAUGUUCUUAGGGUGCAAGUGGAAUGUUUGAAGUUGCAACUUAGCCCUUCCCACUCUUGCAUUGUGAGAGCGGGAUUUACAUCACAAAAUGCACUCUCGUUGAAGCCAUACAAAAUUGAGCAAAUUUGCAUGUAAAAGGUACUUGAAUGCCUGGGAAGGAGGGUGAAGUAUUUGCUGUUUUGCAUUUUAAUGUUAUAAUAUUUUGCCACUUGUUAGGAUUGAUUUUUUUGCGGUCUGUUGCUAAUGCUGGAUAUCUGCAAUAUAACAAAUGAAUUCAAGCAGAAGCUAUCAAUCAGGGUUGGUGUAAAUUAUGAAGUAUUAACAAACAUCACUUGCCAAAUUGCAGUCAUCGUUUUGCUAGUGGUAACAAGUGUUUAAAUUUUUUUAAU